GCGGCGCCGCCUUCUGCUCCUCCCGCCGCCGCUACCACCCUGAGUCACUGCCUGCGCAGCUCCGCCGCCUUGCUCCGCGCUCUAGCAGACGAUAAUUUGGAGUUCUUACUAAACAACAUGGCAGACAUUGACAACAAAGAACAGUCUGAACUUGAUCAAGAGUUGGACGAUGUUGAAGAAAUAGAAUUAGAAGAAGAAGAAACUGGUGAAGAAACAAAAAUCAAAGCGCGUCAGCUGACUGUUCAGAUGAUGCAAAAUCCUCAGAUUCUUGCAGCCCUUCAAGAAAGACUUGAUGGUCUGGUAGAUACACCAACAGGAUACAUUGAAAGCUUGCCUCGGGUAGUUAAAAGACGAGUGAAUGCUCUUAAAAAUCUUCAAGUUAAAUGUGCACAGAUAGAAGCUAAAUUCUAUGAAGAAGUUCAUGAUCUUGAAAGAAAAUAUGCUGUACUCUAUCAGCCUCUAUUUGACAAGCGAUUUGAGAUCAUCAAUGCAAUUUAUGAACCAACAGAAGAAGAAUGUGAGUGGAAAGCAGAUGAGGAGGAUGAAAUUUCGGAGGAGUUGAAAGAAAAGGCCAAGGUUGAAGAUGAGAAGAAAGAUGAAGAAAAAGAAGAUCCCAAAGGAAUUCCUGAAUUUUGGUUGACUGUUUUUAAGAAUGUUGACUUGCUCAGCGAUAUGGUUCAGGAACACGAUGAACCUAUUCUGAAGCACUUGAAAGAUAUUAAAGUGAAGUUCUCAGAUGCUGGCCAGCCUAUGAGUUUUGUGUUAGAGUUUCACUUUGAACCCAAUGAGUAUUUCACGAAUGAAGUGUUGACAAAGACAUAUAGGAUGAGGUCUGAACCAGAUGAUUCUGAUCCCUUUUCUUUUGAUGGGCCAGAAAUUAUGGGUUGUACAGGGUGCCAGAUAGAUUGGAAAAAAGGAAAGAAUGUCACAUUGAAAACCAUUAAGAAGAAGCAAAAACACAAGGGGCGUGGGACAGUUCGGACUGUGACGAAAACCGUUUCCAAUGACUCUUUCUUUAAUUUUUUUGCCCCUCCUGAAGUUCCUGAAAGUGGAGAUUUGGAUGAUGAUGCUGAAGCUAUCCUGGCUGCAGACUUUGAAAUAGGUCACUUUUUACGUGAGCGUAUAAUACCAAGAUCAGUGUUAUACUUUACUGGAGAAGCUAUUGAAGAUGAUGAUGAUGAUUAUGAUGAAGAAGGUGAAGAAGCAGAUGAGGAAGGGGAAGAAGAAGGAGAUGAGGAAAAUGAUCCAGACUAUGAUGUGAAGAAGGAUCAAAACCCAGCAGAGUGCAAGCAGCAGUGAAGCAGGAUGUCUGUGGCCUUGAGGAUAAGCUGCACUGGUCUACCUUCUACUUCCCUGGAAAGGAUGACUUUUCAUCAUUUGACAAGCCUAUUUGAAGUUUUUUUGUUUGUUUGUUUGUUUGUUUUUGUUUUUGCAACCUAAAAUAAAAAUGUCAAAUAUAAUUUUAGUUCUCAUAAGAUAAUGUCUUAAUUUUGUAUUAAUUUAGGUAGAGGCAGAGGCCUAACUUAAAAUGUUUAUGCCGAGUUUCAAAUUGCUUUUGAAGAAAGUGUGCCAACAUUGGAACAUCACCUAAUAAGCAAGU